AGCCACGCUCUUGCGUCUCGGGGUCCUAGCGCUCUGCAGUUUUUUUGGAGCCAAGUAAGUUUACUUGGGACGCGGUGAUACUGGUGCUGCAUCUGGUGAUAUUCUUUGCAAGUGUCGUCUGCUCCGAUUUCCGUGUUGUCUCUGCACAGUGCGGAUGCUCAGUGUGUGAUCUUGUUUCCUUUGGAUUACCCCGUCGGAGUGAAAUUUUGCACUGGGAUUUGAGCAGCGGUCAAGCGGGAUCAAACAUCACACUUGGAACAUGAGGUGAGUUGCCAUUGGAGAAGUCCUAUUCGCCAGAACCCUUUCAACUCGGACCGUAGAGUCAGAUAUCAGUACCGGAAUGAGUGGCCAAGAUAAGACCCUCGGCGCGUCCGCAACAUCAUCUGGUGGACGAACCGACCCCGUAGAAGCGCUUCAAACGCUCCGCAUCAGCACAAGGUACACGCCCCGUGGACCAGAAGAGGACCCUUUCUGGAGACAGCCAGCCGUUCGCCAACGUUUCGGAAGGUGCAUACCAACAUUAGAAAUCGUGGAAACGCCCAUUGACAUUGAGGCGGUGAAGCCACUCGGCUCACUCCUUUAUGACUUUGUCGACUCCCGCACGACCCCGGUCAUGACCAAAACUGAGAUGGAAGACGUGGUCCAGAAGCUCUUCUACAUAAGAGCGUGCCAUGUUAGUCGUCUGGCGAAAGCAUCAGAGAUAAACCGGUGCUGUAUCACUGGACUCCCCGCCACCAUCCGCGUCCCCCAGCCCAUCAACGAGCUGCUAGGCAUGGUAGCCAACGACAAGGGCAACGUUGACGGCCAUUGGUACGUCGUAACAGUACCAGCCGUCGCCGAUGCCCCCUGGAAGAAAUGGGACGACGCAUUAAUUGCGAAGUGGCAGCUGCAAAUGGGGAGCUUGUCUCGCUUCUGUUUGAUGGACGAAUUUUCAUCAAACUGUGGUGAUGGCACAGGCUACCUCAUGCACGUGGCCACAAAGACUACUGGAGAGACCAGGAGCGUCAAGAAGCUCACUCGGGCGAUUUCCCUGAUAAGGGAAGCGUACUGGGCAGGCUGUCUAGGCGACGUCCUCAAACCAGCCAUGGCAUACACGGCCGGUGGUUACGUACCCAUCUGGGUUCAGGACCCACGGACGUGGCUCGUAGAUCGGUUCCGACACUCCUUCACGUAGCCGCCUUUGGUGUAGGAUGAGAAUCCUCCCACUCUACUUACAUAUUGUAAAUAAACUCUUACCCUUUUGUUGUUUACGUUCA